AUGGAGGCUUUUCGUCUAUUUGAGCAUAUUAGAUUUGUUGGACACGGCUACGCAUAUGGAGCUUUGGCAGAAGAACUCAACAUAGGAAGGCAGACCGUGUCUGAUAUCGUCUCCGAAGUCACGGAUGCCAUAAAUACGGUUCUAUUCGCCGAUGCAUUCCCAACGCCCACCCGUCAAGCACUUGAAGACUGUGCCAUGAAAACACAGCAGCGUUAUGAUUAUCCACGCUGUGGGUUUCAUGGACGGCGAACACACAACCGAUCUUACUUUAAAAAGCCGAAAAAUGCGGGCAGCACGUAUUGGAACUACAAAGGCUUCCACUCCAUCAUCCUCCUUGCUGUUUGCGACUGCGACUACCGUUUCACAGCCAUCGACGUUGGUGCACCAGGACGAGCUGGAGACGAGGGAGUGUUCCGGAAUUCGGACAUCAAGACAUUCUACGAGGUUCGGGAUAACAUCUUCCCGGAAACAGAAGAGCUCAACGAUGUUGGGCCAGUGCAGUACCACAUUCUGGUCGACGGUGGUUUCGCGCAGAGCCACCGCUACUUCAGACCGUUUCCGGAACCAAUGGCGACAACAGCUAGCAAACGUCGCUUCAAUGAGAAACUCAGCGGGGCAAGGAGGAUGAUCGAAUCAUCAUUCGGGAUACUUUGCAAGAGGUUCGCCAUUUUGCAACGAGAUCUACAAGUCGAACCGGAAAAGGCUCAGAAACUAGUCACAUCACUAUUGGUCCUCCACAACCUUCUCGUACGAAGGCAAGAUCUCCUGGAGGGAGUAGAACGAUUCGCGCCAGCAAGGAACUCGCCUCUACCAGACCGCUUUGUCUCACUACAACGAACUGUUCGGCAUGCCGGUUCAGAUUCGGCGAAAAUAGCAAGAGAUCGUCUUGUAUCGUACUAUGAUAAUUUGUAUGGAACUCCACAAUAA